CAUUGCUGGGCCCUGGUCAUUGCGGCUGACAUUGCGGCUGCAGGUGGACCUUGUGGAUUGGUACGGGCCAGCUGUGUGUGGGAGGUGAGGGAGUGCACAUAGUUGCAGUGCCUGCGGCUCCAGCAUCUGCAUUGUCUGUGUCGGGCCCUCGUCCACCGCCACCGCCGCCGCCACCGCGAUGGACGACGCCGACCGGGCGACAAUUCUGCGCGAGCUGCCGCACCUGCUGCAGGCGGUGCAGCUGACGCCCGAGCUGCUGAGCCAGCUGCUGCGGCUGCGGGUGCUGACGCCGGUCGACGUCGAGACGCUCGAGGCCGAGCGGGAGCCGCGCGAGCGGCGUCGUCGCCUGCUGCUGACCGUCACGCGCCGCGGCCCGCACGCCUUUGAGGGCCUGGUGCGCGCCCUUCUCGAGAGCGGCCAGCUGCCGGCGGCCGCGGAGCUCAACGUCCUGCCGGCCGAGCGGUUCCUCGGCUCCGAAGGCGACGCGUACCGCAUGGUGUCGAGACCGCGCGGCCGGGCACUCAUCAUCUCCAACUUGCACUUCCACAACACGGAUCUGCACGACCACCGCAACGGUGGCGAGGUGGACGAGGCGCUGCUGCAGGCCCUGCUGCAGCAGCUGGGGCUGGACGUGCACCUGGAGCGCAACUUGAAGCGCGCCGAGCUGCGUGCUGCCGUUGCCUCCUUCGCCAAGCGCGACGACCACGGCGACGCAGCCGUGCUGGCCGUGCUGACGCACGGCGGCGAGCACGUGCUCUUCGGCGUCGACUCGCGUCCGCUGUCCGUGGAGGAGGUGAUCGGCUGCUUCAGCCAUGAGGCGGCGCCACUGCUCGCCGGCAAGCCCAAGUGGCUGCUGUUCCAGGCGUGCCGCGGACACGAGAACAACCACGCCGUGCGCCUGCGCGACCCGGCGCGCCAGCGCACCGAUGGGCGCCCGUGGCAGCCGGCGCCGCCCGAGCGCGCGCUGCCCGAGUUCGGCGACCUCUACCUCACGUACUCCACCAUCCCCGGCUACGUGUCCAUGCGCGAUCUGGACCGCGGCACGUGGCUGGUGCAGGUGCUCUGCGAGGUGAUCGCGGAGCACGCGUGCAGCCACAGCCUGGGGGAGAUGCACACGAUCAUACACCGGCGCAUGGAGACGAUCAUCACGGUGGACAACGAGAAGCAAACGAUCGAGACGUCUCAACGCGGCUGGCGCAAGAAGCUCUACUUCAACCCGGGCCUGUAGGUGGCGCUAGUGUACACGCGGAGGCGAAUGGGAUUCGCGGCGACACCUCUGGCGGGGUGAGAUGCCGGUAUUCAGGGGCUGGGAUCCGCCUCCUUUGCACGGCAACAAAGGCCGGCUUCCCGGCCGAGGUUGUACUCUGGGAUCAGAACAGCUUCACCUGGACGAGUUGGGCCGGCUGUCAAGUGGAAAGCUCAUAAUUAUGUGCGGCAUGCGGCUCCGGGCAUACGGCUACUUACGAAUUGUGUGAAGCAGCUGUAGAGCUCUCGAAACCUUCCAAGUUCGCAGAUGAGUACCUGCAGGUCAUAGUAUGUAGUGGGCCUUGUGUUCCUACAGAUCACUCGUUAUGAACAUGCUUGCGGGGCAUUUUGGAGGUCCAUCGACGGCUUGUGAUGCUCCGUUGUUAGAUAGAUUCACGCUCUUCGCUCGUCCAGUGUAAUGUCUCCAGGACGUCGCAGCGUUGUUGUUAGUGUUUGUGUCACGCGCUGGCUGUCAAGAAUGCCGGUACCCACGUCAGUGGACUGCAGUGACAGCAGUUGCAGAGUGGGUCAGAGGGUGGCGAGGUCAGAUUUGACUCUGGCGGAGGGGCGCCGUGCUGGUUGUCACGGCGGCACAGAUCUGGGCCCAGAUGCACAGCUGGGCCCACGCCGGCCACGAGACGCCGGUGGACGGUAUGUUGGAGAGGAUGCUACCAGUGGUCUUCGUGCCGUUUUGUGAGAUCGCCGGGGUUUGAGAGAG